GCUUCCGGGGUAAGUAGAACGCGCCAUUACAGUAUCCCUGGAAACCGCGGCAGAGUGAGACCUCUUCGCUUCGCUCCACUGUCUCUGCUCAGUGUUUUAGGAAACGUGGCCUUAACAGCAGCAGCAUCUGUACAUGAAUGAGAAACACACAGCGGCUCCAGUCUCCUCCUCUGCCCCAUCUGCCAGUCAGCCCUGCCCGCGGUCCCGCCUGAAGAAGCCCGUCUCUGAAGAGAACCAUGUCCGAGACAGAACCGGUCCCGGUCGCGGCCGCGGAGGCCCUGAACCUCACCGACUCCAACGGGACCCAGGCGCUCAACGCUUCGGCUAAAUUCGUGGCGACUCCGGAGGGCACGGCGCUGGCGUACGGCAGCCUGGUGUUCAUGGCGCUGCUGCCCAUCUUCUUCGGAGCCCUUCGGUCCGUCACUUGCUCCAAAUCUAAGGAGCUCGGAGAAAAUGAUUACGAUUCUGGGUUCAGAAAUGCAUCAGACAUGCCAGAAACGAUCACCGGUCGAGACGCGGCGAGGUUUCCCAUCAUCGCCAGCUGCACUCUGUUUGGGCUCUACCUCUUCUUCAAGGUAUUUUCUCAAGAGUACAUCAACCUGCUGCUGUCGGUCUACUUCUUUGGCCUGGGCGUCCUGGCUCUGUCCCACACUAUGAGUCCUCUGAUGUCCAGGAUCUUUCCAGAUUCUUUCUCAAACAAACAGUACCAGCUGCUCUUCACUCAGGGCACUGAAGAGAACAAAGAAGAAAUAGUCAACUACGAGUUUGACACCAAGAACCUGGUGUGUCUGCUCAUCAGCAGCGUGGUGGGGGUCUGGUACCUGCUCAAGAAGCACUGGAUAGCCAAUAACCUGUUUGGCCUGGCGUUUGCCCUGAACGGUGUGGAGCUGCUCCACCUGAACAACGUCAGCACUGGUUGCAUCCUGCUGGGGGGGCUGUUCGUCUACGACGUCUUCUGGGUGUUUGGGACCAACGUCAUGGUAACGGUUGCCAAGUCCUUUGAAGCACCAAUCAAAUUGGUGUUUCCCCAGGACUUGUUGGAGCGAGGACUUGAAGCCAGUAACUUUGCCAUGCUGGGUCUGGGAGACAUCGUCAUCCCCGGUAUCUUCAUCGCUCUGCUGCUGCGCUUUGACGUCAGCCUGAAGAAGAACAGCCGGACGUAUUUCUACUCCAGUUUCCUGGCCUACAUCUUCGGACUGGGCCUCACCAUCUUCAUCAUGCACACCUUCAAACACGCACAGCCUGCUCUGCUCUACCUGGUCCCGGCCUGCGUCGGCUUCCCCGUCAUCGUAGCGCUCAUCAAAGGAGAGCUCACGGAGAUGUUCAGGUACGAGGAGACUCCUCCGGAGCUCGCCGACGGUAAAGAGGACUCGGAAUCAGAGAAGAAGGACCAAUAGCAUCCAUCGCUGCCCCCCCCAUCCAGCCUGCUGCCGCCACAUUUCACCGAAGCACCGUUUAUUUCAAAUGCUAUAAAAUUGAAAAAAAAAAAAACACCCACAAUUCAAUGAAAGUAAUCUUUAAUUUUACCUGCCAACAAUGUGACAUUACAGACACACACACACAGACACACACUCAUAAACAUACAGAGACAGACAGACACACACUCAUAAACACACACAGACAGACACACACACAGAGACACACUCACACACACAAUGCAGCACUGUGCAGGACGGCCCGUUGUCUUUAAGACUUUCUUAUUUGCCGACGUACCUGCACAGGUGGGCUGUUUGGUUCUGCUCGUUGUGUCUUUAAGAAGUUGAAUCAGCCCCCAAAGAAAUAAAAAUAAAUAAAACAAUAAAUAAAUAAAGUGUGAAAGACCGCGCGGUAGAACGAGAGCUUCUGUCGUGUUUUUUCUUUUUGAAACAUUCCCGUCGGUUCGGAUCGUAAACG